UACUUACAAAUGAAUCGUCGAUAUUGUCAUUCGUCGUUUGUAGGAGUGAGCAAUGGUUGGUCGGAGUCAGUUUUUUGACCAAUUGACUAUGAUCUGUUCAGUAAAUGUUCAAGUCAAUUUUGACCACAAAGGAUCAAAGUCGAUCGUACAAUUGACAGAGUUGUCCCAUAUCGGAGAGUUUGAGAAGACAGAUGGGAGGAUGGGAUAUAAAUUAUUGAUUUUCAGAUUAAUAAUGUUGGAAAAAGAACAAAGUUGAGAAUGGCAGAGAAGAGUGGAAUCAAGAAAGAUAUAACUGAGUUAAUUGGUAAUACUCCAAUGGUGUAUCUAAAUAGAGUGGUUGAGGGUUGUUUUGGUCAUAUUGCUGCUAAAUUAGAGACAAUGCAGCCAUGCUCUAGUGUCAAAGACAGGACAGCAUACGGUUUGAUUCAAGAUGCAGAGGACAAGGGGAUGAUUACACCAGGAAAGACCGUGUUGAUCGAGAUUACGAGCGGUAACCUAGGGAUUGCAAUGGCAAGCAUAGCAGCAGUGAAGGGCUAUAAAUUUAUAGCAGUAAUGCCAUCUUCAUAUAGUGUUGAAAGAAGAAUUUUGCUUUUAGCUUUAGGAGCUGAGCUCCAUAUCACCCCUCCAACAACAGAGCUUGGAGUGCUUCAAAAGAAAGUUGAGGAGAUAAUGAAAGUCACUCCCAAUUGCUAUUUUUUUAACCAAUGUGAAAAUCCUACCAACCCAAAGAUUCAUUACGAAACUACUGGGCCAGAGAUAUGGAAAGAUUGUGGAGGAAAGGUUGAUGGUUUGGUCAUGGGGAUUGGAAGUGGAGGAACCAUAACUGGUGCAGGGAGUUUUCUCAAGGAAAAGAACCCUGAUAUUAAGGUUUAUGGAGUGGAGCCAGUAGAGAGUGCAGUGCUAAGUGGAGGACAACCUGGAAAACAUCUCAUUCAAGGAAUUGGGGGUGGCUUCAUUCCUCGAGUUCUUGAUGUCAAUGUCUACGAUGAAAUUAUUCAGGUUUCAAGUGAGGAAGCAAUUGAAACUGCAAAGCUUCUUGCCUUAAAAGAAGGCCUCCUUGUGGGGUUUUCAUCGGGUGCUGCCGCUGCUGCAGCAAUUAAGGUUGCCAAGAGGCCAGAGAGUAAAGGAAAACUUAUCGUAGUCAUCUUUCCAAGUUGUGGCGAACGAUAUCUAUCUACUGCACUUUUUGAUUCCAUCAGGGAUGAAGCGAAAAACAUGACUUCUCUAUGAAAUCAUGAGUUCAAAAUUUUAUUUGGCUGAAAAUUUCAUUUGUAAGAGUGAGCAUAGGUUGGUCUGAGUCAGUUUUUCAACCAAAUCGACUGUGAUCGGUUUAGUAAAUGUUCAAACCAAUAGACCGAAGGAGUCGAUCGGUUAGUUUAUGUCGAUUUAAACCUUUGAAAGUUUAAAAAAAUGUUGUUAGUUUGGGUUUUUUCCAAACCAAUACCGACAUAAUUUGUCCUUAUCUCCGAUGGACCACCUUUUUUGUCGGUUUUGGUCGGUCAGCUCGAUUUUUCAGUCUAUCAUGCUCACUCUUAGUUAUUUGAGUGAUCAGUAUAAACGUUUUAUUUGAGUGUGUAAUUAAUUCGUUUGUCAAUCAACAAUGUGUUUAAUCUGUAGCUUUUCAAGGAA